AUGCUGCUGCAGUCACGGCAGCUGGUGCCGCACCAGUCCCCUCUCAACGAAGCCGCCCUGCUGCCGCAGGCGGGGCGGACACAAAGCUCGCCGUCCCAACGCGGACCGAGCCCGAAGGCGUCGCAGCCUGAGCAGUGCCACGAUCGCGCCACGUCGCCGGUACACCCGCAGCUCGACCUCGCCGCGUUGCAGGCCCAAGCCGAGAUGCUCGAGAUGCAGGCUCGGCUGGCCACUGAGGAGGCGGAGCGCGAGGCCGAGCAGCAGUGCCUCCAGCUCUUCGACCAGAGGGGCGUGCGGGUGACCCACGCGUGCGAGCACUGUCGGCAGAGAAAGGCAAAGUGCUCGGGCACGCAGCCGUGCAAUCGCUGCACGAGGUCGGGUCGACUGUGCCACUUUACCAUUGUCGAAAAGAAGCGCAAGGUGACGACCGACGUGCGAGGACGCAACGCGAUGUCGUCCGCUCACGCCGGCGGCUACCGCGCACCGUCGUUCGCUGCCCAGACCGCCCUAGCGCGCCGAUUUGGGUCGCGAUACUCGCCACUCUCCUCCAACGGCUCACCGGACCUGCCGUCGACCAUGCCGCGCAUGCUGGGCCUGCCCAAUGCCUCGGUCAUGGAGUACAGCGGAUCGCAGCUCAUUGAGCGGCUCCAUCCAGCCAGCGAGGGCUUGGCGCGCAGCAACAGCAUGCCUCUGUCUCCCGCGCCGCCGUCGGACCUUGUCACGGAGCCGCACGCCUGGUCCGAUGCCGUCGUCGGCUUCGGUAGCGGCGAUGCCCGGCUGCCGCACUUUAGCCUGGCGGUGCCGGACUGGCAGAGCCAGAGCGCGUCGGUUGUAGAGACGAGCGGGAGCCGGUCGGAAGGCCACUACUCUGCUUCUGGCGGCGGCGGCGGCGGAAGCCCCCGUGCAGGCAACGCGAGCUACCUCGACGGCCUCGGUGGCAGCGCUGCACCGCUACCGUCGUUCAGCUUCGACGGCCAACCGCGACCUCUGGCCAUGUCCGUCGUCGAGGACGACUGCCGCGCUACUCGCUACGUCUCGCCCGCCUGCGGCGUCGGCGCUGACCAUCGAGAGUCGUGGGAUGAAGCAGCGGCGAGGGGCGCGACUAAAGGUUCGAGCAGCGGCGCCGCCUUGCUCAAUUCGUCAGGCGACGUCGUGGCUCUGUGGCGCUAG